AUGAGUCAUGGCCUAUACCAUGGCGUUCAUCUGAGUUUCCACCCGAAGAAACCCUCGUUGAGCAACUCAAUCGACAGCAUGCAAAGCCAGAGUGGAGGUUGGCCAUGGGGAUGGGCCAUCUAUCGCACCUCCUAUAUCAACACAUCCGAUAAAGACUGGGCUAGAGCCAUUGAAAAGCUCGGCGAGGCCUGUAUGGCUGACCUGGAGUUUUACGAGCGCAGCUGGUACCACCUUAGGGCCACAUGUGUUGAAAUGAUCCGCGAGGGUUAUCGGAAUGUUAUCUUUGAAGACCCCGUGUUAGAAGGGACGUCGGAAGCCGUCAUUCAACGUCGACAUAAACAAUGGGUCGAAAACCAUGGCCUCUACACGUGUAGUGAUGUCCCUCGCCUUGGUUGCGCACUUUUGUUAGAUGAUCGCUGUAUACGAUAA